AUCAUCAAAAUUUAAGAAGAGUUCUCGGAGGAACAUAAAAUGCUGCUGGAUAACGUUGUCUGUCUAUUCCACUCUUCUUCACUCUCUUUCUGUCACUUAACAAUGGCUUCUUCUUUUCCACUUCACCAAUCAACACCACCAUGCUUCUUCUCAAAAACCCCAACAUUUUUUACUAAUACUACUUUAAUUCCUAUACAGUUUAAAGGCUAUUUGUGGCGACCCAGUUACUCUUUUGGCUCUUGUGUUGAGCACAAAGUACAGCCUGUUAAAGCAGUUUCUGUUGAAGCUGCUCAAUUUCCCUUGCUUCAGCCUCCUAAGCCGGAUGAUUCAGCUCCUGAGUUGGAGCCUGUGGAUCCUGAUUUCUACAGGAUAGGAUAUGUCCGAAGCAUGCGAGCUUAUGGAGUUGAUUUUAAGGAAGGACCAAAUGGUUUUGGUGUGUAUGCUUCUAAAGAUGUCGAAGCUCUUCGUCGACCAAGGGUUAUAAUGGAAAUUCCUCUUGAGUUGAUGCUUACCAUAAGCAAGAAGCUCCCGUGGAUGUUUUUCCCUGAUAUAAUUCCCCUUGGUCAUCCAAUAUUUGAUAUUAUCAACUCAACAGAUCCAGAGACAGAUUGGGAUUUAAGAUUAGCAUGCCUUCUCUUGUUCUCGUUUGACUGCAAAGACAACUUUUGGCAGUAUUACGGCGAUUUCUUACCAAGUGAAGAUGAAUGUACUAGCUUACUUCUAGCUACAGAGGAGGAACUUUUGGAGCUGCAGGAUCCCGAUCUUGCUUCUAAAGUGAGAUUUCAGCAACAGCGAGCCUUAGAAUUCUGGAAGAAGAAUUGGCAUAGUGAUGUGCCCCUAAAAAUAAAACGUCUUGCUCAUGAACCACAAAGGUUUAUUUGGGCAGUAGGAAUUGCACAGUCACGAUGUAUCAAUAUGCAAAUGAGAAUGUGUGCGCUAACUCAAGAGGCAAAUAUGCUGAUUCCUUAUGCCGAUAUGUUGAACCAUUCAUUUGAGCCAAAUUGUUUUUUCCAUUGGCGUUUUAAGGACAGGAUGCUUGAGGUUCUUAUAAAUGCAGGACAACGGAUUAAAAAGGGAGAUGAGAUGACAAUUGAUUACAUGAGUGCACAGAAGAAUGACAUGUUAAUGCUAAGAUAUGGAUUUUCAUCGCGAGUGAAUCCUUGGGAUGAUUUGAAAUUCUCAGGCAAUGCACGAAUCCAUUUGGAUUCCUUCUUGUCAGUUUUCAACAUAUCUGGCCUACCUGACGAGUAUUAUCGUAACGAAGUUCUAUCAAACGCUGGAGAUACUUUUGUUGAUGGAGCGGUCAUAGCUGCAGCACGAACAUUGCCAACUUGGUCAGACAGAGAUAUUCCUCCAAUCCCAAGUCAAGAAAGGAAGGCUGUGAAGGCAUUACAACAAGAGUGCAAAAAAUUGCUCGCGGGAUAUGCUACCACCUCUAAGCAAGACCAGAAAUUACUAGAUGCAUCGCCAGAAGCUAGAAGAACUCUUGAAGCUGCAAUAAAGUACAGAUUGCACCGAAAAUUGUUGAUAGAGAAAAGCAUCCUAGCAUUGGAUAUCUAUCAAGAACAAAUACUGUUUUGAUUUCCAAUGUACUAACUGUACAAUAGCCAUGAAAGUUUUGUAACAUUCUUGUGUACUUUUAAUCAUGUAUCACUAGUUUAGCCAAUGGUUUCAGAUUGUAUUAUGUUAUAUUCAUUUUGUUGCAUCAUAAAAGAAAUGUAGUAGUUAUUUGAUAA